AUGAUAAAUUAAACAAAAACAUAACUUUUCGAAGUUUUUAAAAAAUUCGAUAAGGAUGGCAAUGGUUAUGUAGAAUCAAACGAAUUAAUUGAGAUUAGCAAGUAAAUGAAUGAGGAAAUUACCCAAGCUGAUGUUGAUAGAUUGAUGAAAGUUGUUGAUUCUAAUGGAGAUGGUAAAAUCUCGUUUGAAGAGUUUUGGGAUUGGUGGCAAUUUGGAAAGAAUGAAAAACUAGAAAAACUUGUAUUUAUGAAAUUGAAAUUGAUGAAUAUGCUAAAAUCCAUUAAUUCUGAGUUUACAAGAUUUGGAGUUUCUCUUGAAUAGAAAUAUGAACCUAAAUUAGAUCAUCAUUAUUGGGCAAUUAAUUAUGGAGAUUUCUAAUCCCAUUUUAAAUUCGAUGUCAAAUUUAAAUAUAAAGGCUCAGGAGUUCAAGAAGAUAUUUAAUAAGAAGUCGGUGUUCCAUAAUCAAAAUCAUUACAAAUUGUCUUCAUUUUCAGAGCAAUCAAACCAGCCUUAGCCAAAGAAAAACUGGAAUAAUUAUGGAAUGAAUAUGUAUAAAAGCUCAGAGAAAAUUAUGAUAAGUUUAUACUUCCAACAAUCGAAUCAUCAUUAAAUAUUGAAUUUUAGGAGAGAAAAGACUCAGUUGCCAUAGUAAUCAACGUGAGUCAUCCAUUGAUUGAUAUGACAUUUGAAUCAGCAUAUUUACCUUAUUGUGAAAAAUUAGGUAAAGACGUUGAAGUAUUUAUGGAGUUUCUAUUUGGAAUCAAGAAUGGAAUCACAAAAUUAAUGAAAAAGGAUCAAAUAUUUAUUAAGUAUUUAUUGGAAGGCUUUAUAAUGGAAUUUAAGGCUGCCUUUAAUAGUGACUUAGGCAAGAAACUUGCUGGUGUUAUUAUAGCUAGUUUUGGAUAAGAAGCUGCUCGAAAGUUAGUUCAAAAAAAAGGAAGAGGAAUGUAAGGAGAAUUAUUAUGGCCUAUGCUAUUUAAGAGUUCAAAGUUUCAUUUAUAAUUUAAAAAUAUGGAAGAUGUCAAUUAAUUUUUGACAUCAUUGGGUUUAUCAGAUUUAGCCGACGAGUAACCAACAGCAAGAUAAUUAAUUGAUGAACUUAAAGGGGACUUAUAAUUGUAAUAGAUUAAAAAUCCAAAAUCAGAUUGGCAUUUUAUUUACAGAUUAUUUUUAAUUUUAGCUGAGUAUUUCAUAGCUUAAGGAACAAUAAAUAUAAAUAUUCCUUUUGCAUAUUUAAAUAUUUCUUUUAAUUUGGAAGGUUUGAAAGAAGUAUUUGAUGCAGUAUUUGAUCAUGAAAAGUAAAAGUAGUAGAAGACCAAUUGAUUUUAUUAAUUUUACAUAAUAAUCAAAUCAUCAGAUCUAUCUA